CGAAAUGUAGCGCAAAUUUUAACCAAAUAUCCCACAAAUAGGCAAAAGGAGAUGCAAAUGAAUGUGUUUCCAUCCACUAUGCGACCAUUAGGUGUUUGUUCACUGACACAAACAGCUGGUGCGUAACUAAACCCGGGAGCUCAGCGAGCAAUUCUCAUUCAUGCGAGUUCCAUUUCCUUUAAUACGUCGAUGUCUCAAACGGUGGAAAACACGAUGGACGUCAGACAUUUCUGUUAGUUUCAUGUGUUAAUGUGAGGAAGGUUCCAGCCUCCUCAUCGCUCCACACAGCUCUGGUGUUUCCAGCUCUUAACUGGAAGUUUAAGUCAUCAUCUACUAACUAAGUCUGUUUCCAUUGCAGCUUUGCCUUUAUCAAUACACCAACUCUUCAGCCUAAGCAAAAUGAAAAUGCACAUAAAAACAGGUGGAUGGAAACACACUUGUUGUUACUGGGUGAAUCGGUCACCUUCAAACUGACGACCUCGGCAAAGAGAAGUCUUCUUCGUCUGCUCUUCAAGGUUUUUGCAGCUUCGGACUCCUCCUUUGGUCGUCCAAGGCCACGAACUUGUGCUCUUGGGUUCUUCUUUUGUCAUCUAUCAUAAUAAAACUUAGCAGAUGGACAAUAUAACAACAUCAAAAAGGACAGUCUGAGCUUCAUCUGCCUCACAAACCAAAAAAAAACACUCAGUUGUUAAAUAAAUAAAAGAAAUAUCAAACAUUAAAGUUCAUUCUUGACCAUGGAAGUAAAAGUUUGAGAUAAUGAACUCCUUCCGCUUAAUGCCAGCAGUGGGCGAAGUACCCAGAUCUUUUACUUAAGUAAAAUUAUUAUUUAUCCCUGAGUGGAAAUUUCUUUUUGUUUUCUCCCUCUGCAUUUAACCCGUGCUAAUUGGGAGCAGAAGGAAGCAGUUAUGCAGCGCUUGGGAGUCAGUUCAGGGUGUUUCUCGGAGGCACCUUCGGCAAUGUUCUGUGCAGGAUUCAAAGGACUACAGGCUGGAAUUGAACCUGGACUGCUGGAUUUUAGCCUUGUACACGGUGCAUGUGCUCUUGCAGGGGGGCCUUUUCGGUGGUGCGCCGCUGUGUCAAACUCUGCACGGGCCAAGAGUACGCCGCCAAAAUCAUCAACACCAAAAAGCUGUCUGCCAGAGACCAUCAGAAACUGGAGAGAGAAGCCAGGAUCUGCAGAUUGCUCAAGCACUCCAACAUUGUUCGUCUCCAUGACAGUAUCUCAGAGGAGGGCUUCCACUAUCUCCUCUUUGACCUGGUGACAGGGGGGGAGCUAUUCGAGGACAUUGUGGCUAGAGAGUACUACAGUGAAGCAGAUGCCAGUCAUUGCAUCCAGCAGAUCCUGGAGGCCGUGCUCCACUGCCAUCAGAUGGGGGUGGUACACAGAGACCUCAAGCCAGAGAACCUGUUGCUGGCCAGCAAGUGUAAGAACGCAGCCGUGAAGCUGGCUGACUUUGGACUGGCUAUUGAGGUUCAAGGAGAACAGCAGGCUUGGUUUGGCUUUGCAGGGACCCCCGGCUACUUGUCUCCAGAGGUGCUGAGGAAGGAGGCGUAUGGUAAACCUGUAGACAUCUGGGCAUGUGGUGUGAUCCUCUACAUCCUCUUGGUUGGAUACCCUCCGUUCUGGGACGAGGACCAGCACAAACUUUACCAGCAGAUCAAAGCCGGGGCGUACGAUUUUCCCUCCCCAGAGUGGGACACGGUGACCCCGGAGGCUAAAAAUCUGAUCAACCAGAUGCUGACGAUCAACCCGGCCAAGAGAAUCACUGCCCAGGAGGCGCUGAAGCACCCAUGGGUCUGCCAACGCUCAACAGUGGCCUCUAUGAUGCACAGACAGGAGACAGUCGAGUGCCUGAAGAAGUUUAACGCCAGGAGGAAACUCAAGGGGGCCAUUUUGACCACCAUGCUCGUCUCCAGGAACUUCUCUGUGGGUCGGCAGACCACAGCCCCCGCCUCCGUCAGCGCUGUGGCUGGAACCACCGCCGGCCUUGUGGAGCAAGCAGCCAAGAGUCUCCUCAACAAGAAGGCUGAUGUCAAGCCCCAGACAAACAGCACGAGAAACAGCAUAGUCACCAGUCCCAAAGGCAACAGCCCCUCUGCUGCACUGGAAUCAUCUGACAGCAGCAACACCACUAUUGAGGAUGAGGAUGUGAAAGCUCGCAAACAGGAGAUCAUAAAGCUCACAGAGCAGCUCAUAGAAGCUGUCAACAAUGGAGACUUUGAGGCCUAUGCGAAGAUCUGUGACCCUGGUCUGACCUCGUUUGAGCCUGAAGGGCUGGGUAAUCUGGUGGAGGGAAUGGACUUCCAUAGAUUUUAUUUUGACAAUCUCCUCUCUAAGAACAGCAAACCCAUCCACACCACCAUCCUCAACCCUCACGUGCACAUGAUCGGUGACGACGCCGCCUGCAUCGCUUACAUCCGCCUGACGCAGUUUGUCGACGUGCAGGGCCGUCCACGCUCCAGCCAAUCAGAAGAGACCAGAGUAUGGCACCGCAGGGAGAGCCGGUGGCAAAACGUCCACUUCCACUGCUCAGGAGCUCCUGCUGCCCCGCUGCAGUGAUGAGGUACUGAGCGAUGAGGAGGCAGAGAUGUGUAGGAAAGGAAUAAGUGGAUAAUCUGAGAGAGCGCAUCUGCACUGAGAGAGAGGUGCGGGUGGAUGGAGGGUGGUUUAAAGGAGUCUGAAGAGUCUGAUUUUGGGAUCAUGAUCGUCUUCCUGCACUCUGCACACCCAUCUCGCUCUUCUCUCUCUAUCUCCCUACGACCUCACAGACAGUUAACACCGACGCUCCCAUCGCCAAAACUACAGCAGAGGGCAUCUCCACCCCGCCCCUCCCCAAAAAAGGAAACUCUUUAGCCAGCAGCGUGUCUUCAGGACGGCUGCGACGCUGUACCAGCCCAACAUACCUGGACAACACCUGUCCUCCUCCCUUUUAUUCUGUGCCACAAAGCCUCCAGCAUGGCACCUCCUGUUAAAGAUUUACCCUUUUACUUCUCCUCAAACAUUUAUUGUUGUUACUUCUAGUAUUAUUAUGGCUGCAGUCUGUUGUUGUGCUCUUUCAGCUGUACAGUAUAUUUAUUAGUCAUUUUAAACCUUUCAUUCUGGUCACUUCUUCUUCUUUUUUUAUGACAAGCAUGACUCCUACCUGCGUUCCAGUGGCUGUUUUUCUGCACGACUAAGGCUGCCUGUGUGAAACAGUCCCAUGUGUCUCACAGAGAAAGAGAGAGACCAGUGGGUGUAUUUAAUUAUCCGUUUUGUUUUGUUAUUCAAUAGAGCCUUUUUUAUUUUUUAUUUUUUCCUCUUUCUCUGGAGUGUAGUUGACCCUGAACCGGCGCCUCCGUGUGUCCUCCAGACCCCUCUCAGCCGCUCUGUGAGACAGUGAAAACCCUGCAGCAUGCUAAGAUAUUACUGUCGUUCUUAAUUGAUUCUGUAUGUACUGAACAUUGCAAGUUACCUACUGAAAUUAUGACAAUGGUUGACAUUAUAGUAUCACGCUGUUAAUGUAAAUUUCAAGUUUCAUCGUGGUGAAUACAAUUACGCUGUAGAUGGUAUUGAAUUGCAUGAUAUUCCAAGUUAAUAACAUUGGUAAGUUGGGUGUUAUCAUGCUUUUUAUUGAUUUUUCUCUUUUUGGACUGAACUGUUGGUGAGCUAUAUUCUGUUGCCUCUAUUUUCUGGGCUUUGUAAGUGCAUAAUCUACUUUUGUGUUAAUAUAAUAGUGUAGUAGAAGAGGAUACUGGUGAGGAUCAAGACGAAAAUGCCUUUUAAAGAAAUUGCUGCAUCCAGAUCAGUUUAAAAAUGGCUCUUUACUGUAUUAAAGACAGGACCCAAGAUCCUUAUUAAUCUUUUAUUUUUAAGACCAGAUUGUAGAAAAUGUCAGUCAGAAUUUAAAUCAGGGUCUUAAAUUAGAAUCUUUCCUGCUUUUUAAAGUGCAGCUUUUUACUUUUGCACUUUUAAAGAAAAUACUUUAAGUUUAGGUAUUUUAAAAAGAUUAACAAUGUCUUGGUAUCAGGGACAUGUAGCCAGGAUUUUAGCAAUACUGAACAAUUUGAUCCAGCACCAAACAUAAAGUCUCAAAAUAGUUUAAAAAACAUUUUAUUUAUUCAGUUAAUGGUUCUGUUAUAUUGUGAACAUAGAGGUCUCUGUGCAGCCUAUUUUUCAGCUCCGUGACAAUGCACCAACCUCGCCUGAAGAGGGCACCCCAUCUAAUAACAGAGAAUUAAUGUACAUCUGAGUCAGCUACAGGGUUCUUAUACAGGCCUCACAUGCCUUCAGUUACUUAAUUUCAAACAUUACAGUAUUUUAAGAUUGCUUUGGCUCCAUUUUCACAACAGAAAAUUAGAGCCCAAAAUGCUAUAAUGUCUCAAUCUGGCCUCAAAAUCUCCCAUAGCACAGAAAAUUUAAACGUUAGAACUGAACCAAUUUGUGGAUUCAUCAUGGAUUGAUGGUCAAAAAAUGAAUCUGCAACAUUUUCUAUAAUCGAUUAAUCAUUUAUGUGACUUUUCAAACAAAAAUACCAAACUCCUCUAGUCCCAGUUUCUCGAAUAUGAGGAUUAGAUACAUGUAUGUAUGUUCUAUCAUUGUAAACUGAAUAUCUUUGGGAACUUUCUGUAAAGGCUAAACUAUCAGCACAUUAAUAAUGAUAAAAUUAUUCUUUACUUGUAUCCAUAUUCUGUAUUAAAUUAGGUAAUGCAUCAUGCGUCAGGUUUAACAGAGUGUUAUAAAAUUGUAAAUGUCACUCACUUAAUUUUAAUCAUUGUUUCAUCUAAAAUAUAAUAAACUGAAACUAAGUCUUAUUAUAAAACAGAGUCAGUCAUGGCCAUUUUAUCAGGAUUUUAUACAGCCAGAAAAAACAGUGCGACUUACUCAGAAGUGAUUGUUUAAAAAUGAUCAUGGUGAAGAAUGACUUUGAAAACUUUAUUUUUAUUUAUUGAAUAUGCUAAAUAAAGAUCACAUAGUAUGACUUUACACUGCAUUAAAUCCUACAUUUACACAAGGUAAAAUGAUAAUUGUAACUGUGUGUCAUCGCAUCUGUUUCUGUUCUGUUUCAACCACAUUUUUUAUUUCAGACAUCAUAUCAAUCUCUUCACUCAAGUUUAAUUAUGUAAAAUAGAGUAAGAUAUGGUAAUGCUGGAAAACACUGACUCAGUGAUCAGUAUGCUUAAGUCAUUAUACUGUAAACUUUAUUUAUAUAGUGCAUUUAAUUAUAAAGUGCUUUACAGGAGAAAAAAAACACAUCAAAACAAUUCAGCACUACAAUAACAGUAAACAAAAGCUGGCAAAUAAGAGUACAUAUAAUUAAAUAGAAAAUAUAUAUAUAAUUACAAAAUAAGCAACUAAAAUAGAUUAGAACUGGUCAAAAAAAUUAACUUUUGUCUAAUAUUAAUAAAGCUUUUUUAAAAGGCAUGUUUUGAGAAGUGAAAAAAAGAUAAUAUAAUUAUUAAAACAUAGGGUAGUAUGAGUAUAUAAGUGUUUUGCACUUUAUGUACAGACAGCAUUUUGUGUUUUAAGUAAGAAUUUAGCAAGUCAGUUUGGCUCUUUUGCACACUGAAAGUGAGCCAAAGCACUUGUAAAAUACUGCAAGUUUAAAUGACAACUGUUGUUCACAGUUGAGCAUGUGUUUUAGUCAAAUCAACAAACAUUAUCAGACAGACACUCUGCAGCUCCUGUGAGGUGUAAUUUAAUUUUACCAUUUGUACCGCUGACACUCCCAUAUAGAACAUGAAGCCAAAACCAACCGUCCUUCUUUCUGUCCAGUCCAAAUCCUGACGGCAUCAGUGCUUUAAUAGGAUUACUGCUCACUUAGAGUCAUUGUCCCAUUUGGCAACCAUUCCUUAUUCCAUUAAUUAGUAUCUGGCCUGAGUGUAAUGUUUUGGCUACAACUCAAAUUUGUUAUUUGAAUUGCUUUAUAAGAGCUUGAUUGAUGAUGAUGAUUUAUUUUCCUCAGUUCAGGUGAAUGGUCAGGAGAUGAAUGAAUAACAGUAACAGAACGCUACUGUAUAUAAAAAAUAGCUUUUCUGGUUUCUUUUUUAAAUUUAUUAUACUCAUACUAAUAAUGAUGAUGACAAUUCCUCUGGUGUGCAUUCCAAGUCUUAUCAAUAUUAAAAUGUGAUCAGAUGUAAUCAGUGUGUGAACCAAUAAAAUGACAAUGCAGAGA